GGAGGGUAGUGUCUUGCUGGGCUGGAGGUAGCAGCAGCAAGGACAUUAAUUUUGAGGGGCUUUAGUGGGGGAGGAGGUGUAGCUUGGCUUUUUGUAGGGCUUUUCUCUUUUUUUACUUUCUUUUUUUCUUAGGCCUCUUUGGCCUGAUUGAGCGAAGAGAGGUUGUAGGUUUUUGGUGCUUGAAGCUGGGGCAAACUGUUCUGGAUGGAAACUGGAGUGAGCUCCAAUUGUCCUGAGGGCUUUCUGAGACUCUAGAUUUGAGUUGUAUGGUAGUUUAUAACAGCAUUUAAAAAAAAAAAAAUGAACACUGCAUCUGCUUCAGAGAGUGGAUCGUAUUCCACGAACCACUCGAGACCCUUCUUCUAUGCGCAGCCAACAGCACAACAACCUUUUCAACAUCCAUGGUACCUUAGCCAUACGUAUAAUCCAUACUGCGUGCCUGCGCCAGGCUUCCGGGGUGGACAUCCAUAUUUUCCACUUUAUUCUGUUGCACUCCAUGAGUACCCUGGAUUUUUUGUUCCACAGCAUCCAGUGCAUGCAAGAAUUAACAGAAGGCCUUAUUUUAAUGCUCCCCCACCCUCUCCUAUGUUUUAUCAUGCAACGCGAUUUAGACACUACAGUUCCCCUGGGAGAAAAACAGAGACUAAAGAAACACAGACUGAUCCUAGACAGCCUGAAAACAAGCAAAAAAAGCAUCAAGAUACCCAUACAGAAACGAAAGGUUGUGAUGCAGGAAAUACGGCCUGUGUUUCUUCUGGUAUAGGUACAGAGACUGAAAGUACUUCAGAGAAACAAGAUUUAUCUGGAUCUUCCAUUGUGGUAGACAGAGAGUUUCAUAAUAGUCCUUCCAGCUCUACACAGUAUAGAAAUCUUCCUACUGGAAGCUAUGCCUUUGAGAAGGAAGAGGUGAGAAUAGAAUAUGGAAAUGGCUCUCCAGCUAUUCAACUGUGGAAGUCCUUUAAAGAAACUAUUCCUUUGUAUGAUGUGGCAAGUGGUAAACCAGUCCCAGAGAAUAUGGUGCAGCGUGAUGUAUUUUCAGUUAGUUCAUGUGAGGGAAUGAUAUAUGGCCCUCAUGAAGGAGAGAAAUUGGUGCCAGGAACUUACAUAGAUGAGAGAAAAGCUGUUCUCUCUUCAAAACAGAGUGUCGAAACUAUGCAAGAAAAAGAUGUCCAAGAUAAUGAAGUGAAACUGGAUGCAGAAAGGCAGGCGACUACAAGUCAACGGGCAAAAUCCCCUCCAGGUGAAGCCAUGGCAAUGCAAAUAGCAGAACUGGCAAGAUCUGUUACCAUAGACCAACCAGCAGUAAGACAGGAUGUGCUAGUAGCUAAGAAAUCUAGCUCUAAAAGAUCCACAGGUUCAAAAGCUUCUCAAGAAGAGUCUAGCUUUAUUCAACAAGCAGGACUGCUUCCAUCUAGUAUGGAGGUAAUGAGUGACUUGAGUUUUCAGCAGAAAAAGCUGAAUCUAAGCCACAGUGCAAACAAUGAAAGUCAAACAGAUAGAAGUAUUUGGUGUGAAGAAUCAGUUGAGAAGUAUGUUCCCUCUAACAGCUGGCUGGCUUGUUUGGAUAAUAUGGAUGCAAACUACAACUAUGACGUGUGUUUGCCACAAAGGAAACGUCAAAGUGUACUUAGUCUUUCUUCUGAUGACAUGUCCUCUAGAGAGGAUGGCUCGUCCAUUGAUAAUGCCCCAGUGUCUUAUUUUGUACCUGACUAUGUGCUUCAGAAAAGCACGUAUACUUUCCAGAAAAGUACAGAGGGCUUGGAGAAAGAGAAAAUUAAAAGUGGUGGGUCCCUCAAUGAAGAUGAAGUGGUAGGAAGGGAGCAGAUAAACAGUUUGGAUGGCCAAGAUGUCAAAAACUCUUCAACCAUGAAGAUUAAAGAAACUUCCAGUAAAGGCAGAAAGCUGAGAGUCCUUCCUAGAUCUUCUAGUCUGAAAAAAAUACAUUCUCUCAAGAAAAAAGCUGUCAAGAGUUUGUCAGAAAUUGAGGACUCAGAAGAAUACUCUGUGCAAGUAGAAGAGGAGGAUGAAGAUGAAGAGGAUGAGGAGGAUGAAGAUGAUGUGGAUGAAAUAGAGUAUUUCUUUCAAGAAGCUACUCCCUAUGGAAUCUUGAUGCCAAGUAAAGGAAAUCUGUACCGACAAGUUGGCCAAAGGAUGCUUUGGAAGCCACCGAAAAAUGCUUUUCCGGCUCACUUAAUUAGCUGGCCUGCUCAAGAGAAGAUAAAAACUAGGAGUAGGCUUGGUGAAAACAUUGGUGUUGUUUACAAACCAAAGGAGAAAGAACAAGAUGAAGUUGUAUAUAGUGACUAUGGGUACUAUGGGUAUUAUGGAAGAAAGAGGCCAAUGGCAAGAAGAGAAGAAGUUGAACGCAAGCGAACGCUACAGAAAUUCUUGGGAGGAAGACUGACGGAGAGCAUGGGGAUACCACCUGAAGAGUAUUGGAUUAGAAGUGGUGCUAAGCCCAAAUUCACUGGACAAAUACGUGGUAGUCUCUCACCCCAAGCCAAGAGCAAAGAACAAGGGUGCCCGCCUCUGGUUAAACCAAAGAAGAGAAUAGGCAAGCCCCCACUAAAACGCAGAGACACAAGAUGUGAGGUGGAAGAAGUGGAAGUGUGGGAGAUGCCUAAAAGGAGUGUACGCAAAGGGCAUGGAGCAAGAAAGUCUCUUUAUAAGAGAAGAUAACUGCAAACAUUGGGGCAGGAGGGGAGACAAAUAUCAUAGGUUUGCAUGAAACCAAAAGUUAAUUAUUAUUCUUGUAUGUUUUGUAAGUUGCUGUGCACUCUUCAAGGGUAAGAAGUGCCCUCCAUCUUUAUGGUGCAGCAAUUAAACUGUAGUAAGUAUGUAACAUGAAACUAAGUCACUUUUUGUAACUAACGCAUCCACUGUUUAAAUAAUAAACUUAAUAGAAGUGCAUUUAAGACUCCAUUUGUACAUGGGAAUAAAAAUUACUGAUGCAUAUAUAUCCCCAUCAUACUACUACAGCAUGCCAGUUACUGCUGCCCUGUUCUUAAGCUCAGUAGGAUUGCGAAGCCUGUCAGUAUCAUCUCAUGGUUCAUCUACGUGAUGAGGACAUAGCUGCAAGUUUCUCUUCCAUUGCCUGGAUAUUUCAGUUUUUUUUCCUGUGAAAGUAUAAGAGACUAUAGUUUAAGCUGUAUCAAGUCAAGUACUGACUUGAAGUCAUUGUGACUUAUGUAUCUUAUUCUCUUCAAAGGCAUGAUUGGAGGACUAAAGCUAAAACACUGAGCUGAUGUGAUGUUCCUCCUUCUCUUUUUCUGGGGAGACUCUGACCUGGAGAGAUGUUACUGAUGUCUCUUAUUUUGCCCCUAAGUCCAAGUUGGGGAAUGGAGCACGACACUUCUUAAAGACUCCUGUAACAGUUGAUGCUGGCUUUGGCACCUUGCUAUGUAAAUGCUGCUGUGAAACUAAGGUGAAAAAACUAGAUCUCUUGUUGAGCAUCAUCUAAAUAACCAAAACAGACUGUUCAUAGCACAAAAAUGUCUGAGCUUUUUCACUUCUAAGAAAGCUAGUAUUACCUCAUGAGAAAAGUAAACACGAAGCUAUUAUUGUUUUCCCAAAACUGCACAAACCUAGAGGGGAGGUAUCCACUGCUCAAUUGUCCCUUGGCUAUUGUUUUUAAUAGCACUUGUAGAAACCUUUGUUAAAGAGCUACUGUAAUUAUAGCCUUUACUCCCAAGGUACUAGGAGAAAGAACUCAGCUGUGUUCAUGCAGAUUGCUUUUUGUUGUUUUUCUUUUCCCCUUAAGUACAUCACAAGAAAAUAAAGCAAAUUCUUAUACUGCACAGAAUCUCCAUUGCAUCAGAACCUUAAAGAGUAAAUGGGGGGGGACAGAAUUAUUUCAGCCAUGGAGAUUUGCAUUACUGUCUCUGCUCUGAAAAAUAUAGACGCUUCUGCCCUUGAUAUCUAGUGUUGGAAACUAUCCCUCUUGAAGAGGGAUAGACCUUAUUGUGAUGGGAAGAGUGAGUAGCAGAACUUCAAGUUAAGACUAAAUGACUGUAGCUGAGACCUCUAAGGUAAGGACUGACACUUUUCCCUCAAGUGUGGCUUUGAAAUUGAAUACUAAGCCACUUCUGCUGACAGAUUUGUUUGCCGUCAUCUUGUCUGAUAAUGGAAUACUUGUUCCUUCUCCCAGCCAGGUCACUCAUUUUUGGCAGUGACUGAUGCUCCAGAGGUACUCCCAAAAUCAUACUAGUCCAUCCUUCCACAGGUCUGGUAUCAGUCUGUGUGCUUUCUCUUCAGAUGUAAGAAGCAACUUAGGACUGGGUGAUAACAGCUCCCAGGAAGAUGUGAAGAAGUAGCAGCAGGGAUCACUUACGUAGUUUUGUCUGAGAAAUGAUGCUAUUAGUGUUAUGUGUUUGAUAUAUUCUACUCCACAGAACUAGUACUGCAGUCUUAAAACUGUAUCUUCCACUUAGCUUUUUCUUCACUUGGUGGUAUAGUUGACUUACAGACUCCAUCUUAAUUCAGUUGGCUUACAACUAUAUUUAAUGUUCCAGUUGAUGAGAUGCACCUGGCUUAGAAAAGUUGUAAACUAUGAACCGUGUUUUAAAAGGCUGUGAAUUGAAGUCCAGCCUCUUUUUCUUCAGACAGGUAACUAGCCUGUGAUAUCUCAGACUCCAUUUCUGGUUAUAGAUGCACAUUUGUGUCAACUCUGUUCCCCCUGAAGCUAGAUUGCCUAGUGAUGAGUAACUGUGGUGCUGACACUUCGGCAAGCUUAAAGCUGUAACAGUAUUGUACGGCCUUUGAAGUAUUCACAUGCCUUCUGCAACAUCCACUGAAGGACAGCUGAAGAAGUUAUUAGCAAAGCAGUAGCAAACAGCUGGGGCCUCUGAAACUGCCACACCAGGUGUUUUGUUGGACAGAUGUACUGUCCGUGACUCAGGAUUUCUAAGUAAUUGUUUGUGGCUAAUUGCAACCUCUGCGAAGUGGGUGGAAUAUAAUCACUACAGUGGAGCCAGUGGUUAUGUUAGUUUGUCAGAUUUUAAUUCUAUAUUUUAACUGAAGAUUUUGUAGCAUGUGUGGCAUAAAGCUUCCCCUCUUAAUGACCUGUUUUCUGCCUUAUAGUGAGAAAGAUUAAGAACAGGUCUUCCUUUUAAAAUAAUGGAAGACAAGAUUCAGUGGCAAAAAAUAGUAAUUGCAUUCUAAGGAGGAAAAAAAAGUACAGGUUUUUUGUUUAUUAAAAAAAGUCCCCAGAUUCCCUGACUGACUCACAAGCCAUUGGUCAUCUCAGGCAGAGAGAUGUUAAAACCCAAGUCAUUGUAUGGCUGAAAAAAUAAGUGUCUGUAUUACUGCUGAACUAAUCUUUCUGAAAAGACUAGUUUGGAACAUUAAGAUAAUGAUUUUCAGCUUUUAUGUAUGAUUAGGUGUAGCUGUAUCGCCUAUGAGUUGUGUAUCAGCUACAGUUCACAUUUGUUUAGAUUCAUGGGAUUAAUAGAUUCAUUCUGCUGUUACAACUCAUGUUUCAGUAUAACUUUCAAAUAUAAACAUUUCUAUAAAGGCAGUAAUGACUAGGAAGUUAUUUUGUUUCUUCAACAGGAAAAUAGUCCAAUGCUUAAGAUAUAAAUAAGGCUAAGCCAUCUUUCAGGAAUUUGGCUUCCUAUCCUGCUUUCUAGAAUUACUUCUGUAUUGAAUCAUUUUCCAUUAAUAAAGUAUGUGCUAGAAUUUCUCUAGUCUAUAUAUUUCUUAAAAACCUACAGUCUCUUAAAUGCUAGCUUCAGCACUGCUUAAAAUGAGGAGUGAUUAAAUGCACUGUGCUUCUCAGUACCCACACCCUAGUUGCUAGUUACCGCUGCUAGAAACCUUACUGUAUUGAGGAUAUGCUAAAUUUCUAACUUUGAAACUAGCUCUACUCUUACGUGUUUGAGUGGACACUUAGUAGAAUCUGUAUGUUUAGAAUAGCCCAGAUUUAUAAAACUGAGAAUGAUGUGAGAAAAAUAAAUAGGAAUCAGCUAAUCACAUAUUCUUCAGUAUAAGAAUGUCCAAUCUGUGGCCCAGCACAGACUGUGAUGUGGCCACCUCCUGGCUGUAGUGGCUAGGUGUGCACCCAUUGCUCGCAGCAAGCACACAGUGCUGGGCGAUUGGCAUUGUCUGGGCUGAAACUGGGACACAAUGAGGGUGCGGGGGACUGCUAACCCAAGUUAUGGCAAAUAAUUGUGUGAACCUUGAUUAUAUUGGUUAAACACAGUCCCAAGAACAGUGAGAAAUACACAGUUGUGCUUUCCAUUUUGAAAUGGAGCCUAGGCAAGCCAAAAGGUUGGACAGCCAUGAACAAGAAAUGUUUCUGUGUUAAUUAAUAAUGAAUCUGUAUAAUCUGUAGGAGAUUCUUGCCAAAGGAAAUACAUUUUUUUUAAGAAGUGAUUGGAUAUUAAAAAAAAAAAUCUACUAGGAGCUACUAACUAAAAUAUAAUCUGUGAUUCAAAGUACCGUGCUUCAAGCAAACUAAGAUUUGUGUGUGUGUGAAAUAACAGAAAUACCACUACAGCUUACCCCGUUCUGUUUCUUUAGCAUUGACUAUUGACCAUGAGUGGAAGAAGAUACUAGGUUAAACAGAUGUUUAGCCUGAUGCAGAACAAUGUCUGGUAUCUCUAAAUAAACUUUUAAAUUGCAUUUGAUAUGUAUUGAAGAAUGGUCUUGUCACAGCAUCUUUCAGGACUGUUCAAACAGUAAGCUUGUAGGCAAAAUUCCAUUGAGUAGACCAAGGGGAGGGAUCCAUUCCCAAGGAAUGGGACGAGAAACUAGGGGAAAGCUGAAUUUGCUAAGCUCCAGAAGACUCUUAAAUGACAAAAGCUAGAGUAACAGAAGAGAUCUUUGGGUUACCCCUGCUCUACUCAAACUCGCUGAGAAUUCUCUGGAAUGUAUCAGGUUUAUGCUUUACUAGUUAUGCUUUACUAGGUCUGGCUUCCAGCAUCUGUCCGGCAAUCACCAGUACUUUCAAAACAUGGAUUUUCUUAGCAUCAAAUGGAGUAAGAGAAUCAGGCCAUUAUAAAUCUCUGCAUGCUACUUCAUCUAUUAAAUCUUUCUGGUUGAAGAACCAGGAGCUUUAAAUUAGUUCUCUGUACCAGUAUUCUCAACUUCCAGGAGGCACUAGUAAAGAUGUGGUAAAUAAUACUGGAGAACAGAACAACACCAGAAUGUUUGAGCUCUGGAAACAAGAUAAACUAUUAGGGGGUUUCACCCAAGGCUAUUGCUUUGAUUAAUCACAGAACUGUAAGGGUCAGAAGGGACCUCUGGAAAUCAUCAAGUCCAACCCUGCUACUACAGUAGGUAACACAGGAAGGUGUCUAGAUGGGUCUUGAAUAUAUCCAGAGAAGGAGGCUCUACAACCUGUCUGACAGGGCAGCCGGUUCCAGUGCUCUGUCACUGACAGUAAGUUCUUCCUCGUCUGUAUGGAACUUCCUGUGUCCCAGUUGCUGCCUGUUGCCCCUUACUCUAUCGCUGCAAACCACUUAAGAGCCUGGCCCCAUUGACUUUACUCCUACAGUUUAGAUAUUUAUAAACAGUGAUGAGAUCCCCUCUGUUCUCCAGAUUGAAGAGUCCUAGGUCUCUCAGCCUUUUCUCAUACAGGAGAGGCUCCAAGUUCCUAAUAAUCAAUCUUUGUGGCCCUCUGUUGGACUCUGUCUUGAAGAUCCCUGUCUCUUUUGAACUGAGAAGCCCAGAACUGGACACAGUAUUCCACAAGUGGCCUCAUCAGGGCAGAGUAAAGGGGGAGGUGAACUGACCUUGACCUCCUGGCCAUACUCUUCUUGAUGCACCCCAGGAUACCAUUGGUCUCCUUGGCCACAAAGGCACACUGCUGGCUCAUGUUAUCCACAAGGACCCUGAAGUCCUUCUCCUUAGAGUUCAUCUCCAGCUGAAAUACUCUGUAUAAGGUUGCUAGGAUAUAGCAAUAUUUAAGUUGCAAACUGUUCACCUGCUUUAUCAAUGAACAGGUUUUUGCUGACUUUACUGAAGAUGUAAAGUCUCAA